AUGAUGGAUCUCUUAAACGUGGUCUGGAUUGGUCACAAAAUGGUCAUAAACGAACUAAAGACGUUUUGCCUUCGUCUUGGCGAACUUUGGAAGCCGCUGGCGCCUAGAGCAGAUCCCGAAAUAGACUCCAGUGCGUGCCGUGAUGGAGUAAGCUCUGCUGUAUCUAUGGACGAUUAUGCGUAUACUGCAAAUGGUGACCACGAAGCCGAAAACACGGAGCUCUGCCUCAUGAAAAUUGGCAGGAGAGAGCAUGGAUACUAUGGGGUGCAUAGCGGGCUGGAGACCUCGAAGCAGCUCCUCGACGAGUGGACGGCGGAAGUGGAAGGCGGGGAACAGGUGGCGCAGCUGAUCGCCUUGGAGUUGGGCUACGAGUUCGGAGGGCCGGUACUAGGAUUCCCGAAUACCUACACGUAUCGCGCAUAUGGGCACAGUAAACAUCGACGGACGCCCGCCGGCCGCGUGACGUCACUUGCCGCUGACAGAAGGAUAGUUUGGGCUGAGCAAUCAUUCGUUAAAUCCCGGGUAAAGCGGUACCCCAUAUCCAAUUCGGACAUAGAGUUGCAGAGAGUGAAGCGUAUAGAAGAUAUGAAUGUAUCUACCGAGCACAGGAAGAAAAGAGAAGUCAUUAACAAUUUCAACGACGAACUUUGGGGCUAUCAGUGGUAUUUGCAAGACACCCGCACCAACGAAAAUCUGCCGCGGCUGGAUUUGAACGUGCUGUCCGUAUACCGUAUGGGGUACGACGGGCGCGGUGUUCGCGUGUCCGUUUUGGACGACGGCGUAGAGCACAAUCACACGGAUCUGCGCGCUAACUACGAUCCAGAGAUCAGUUGGGACAGUAACGACCAUGAUCCCGAUCCUUACCCUAGACAAGAGGCACAUAAUGGUAACUCCCACGGAACACGCUGCGCCGGAGAAAUAGCAAUGACCGCGAACAAUGGUAAAUGCGGGGUGGGUGUGGCGUUUCGAGCGAGUGUGGGUGGAGUCCGAAUGCUCGACGGACGAAUAACCGACCGCGUCGAAGGCGAAGCGAUAGGCUACGCAUGGGACAAAGUUGAUAUUUACAGCGCUUCAUGGGGUCCAAACGACGAUGGACGAACAAUAGAAGGACCUGGUAGACUGGCAGUUGAAGCAUUUAAACGAGGCGUCACAAAGGGUCGCGGCGGCAAAGGAUCGAUUUACGUGUGGGCCAAUGGGAAUGGCGGUGGCCACAACGAUAACUGCAACUGCGACGGAUAUUCGUCCAGUAUUUACACCAUUUCGAUUGGAAGCGCGUCCCAGCAAGGUCUGUUCCCCUGGUACGGGGAGAUAUGCUCGUCCACGUUGGCCACCGCAUAUUCUUCCGGAGCCUAUAAGGACCAGAAAAUAGCGACGACGGACACGAAUGAUUCAUGCACUUUAAAACACACGGGGACGUCUGCCGCAGCACCACUGGCCGCAGGAAUUAUAGCUUUGGCUUUGCAAGCCAACCCCAACUUAACUUGGAGGGAUGUUCAGCAUCUAAUUGUCUGGACGUCGGAAUACGCACCGUUAUCGCACAAUCCUGGAUGGCAGGUCAAUGGAGCCGGAUUUCGUUUCGACGUACGCUUCGGUUUCGGCCUACUAAACGCGGGCGCCCUCGUGAAGGCCGCGCUCGAUUGGCACAACGUUCCCGAGAAAGAUGCGUGCCGCUACGACGCUCUGCCGACGAGCGGGCGUGACAGUAUAAUAUCUUCGAAGGAAAUCUUUGAAGUUACUGUGACCGUCGAAAACUGCGCUGUGAACUACAUUGAGCACGUCGAGUUAAUUCUGAACGCAAAGUACAGUCGACGCGGUGCAUUAGAGAUAUAUCUGGUUUCUCCUCAAGGUACUAAAGUGCAGAUCCUAAGUGCGCGGCCUAGGGACACGUCAACGGCCGGCUUUGUCAACUGGCCAUUGACCUCGGUGGCGACUUGGGGCGAAAGAGCCGACGGUGUUUGGCGGCUGAUCGUCGAAGAUCGGACUGAAGAACAAAACAUAGGCCAAGUUGGUCCGAUAAGACUGGUCAUUCACGGCACGAAAGACAUUCCAAAUCAUAUGAGGGACGGUCCAAGGAAAUAUAACUACGGCUACAAUGAAGAGUUGCAUGACACCCUGGACUUCUACGACAUCGACGAUCCAUUCGUAAACGAGUUAGAAACACAAGACAACGUUUCGGUUGGUAGAGUGGGGCCCAUACCCGAAACGCUGAUUGAACUGGAGGAGGAGCUGGAGAGGAAGCACCACAGUCAGUCUUUUAUGACACCU